CUCGACGCUGCAUGAAUGUUGUGAAGUUGUUGUCAAAUAGGUGAGUGUUCAGUAUAUCUAUAAACAAAUAACGUCAGCGAUUUUCAUGUCGGCGAAAUAGACAUUAGCAUCGUGAUGACACAUCCCCCAAAGUAUGUUCUCAGGGUAUCUUGAGCGUGAAGAGUAUGAGGAUGACCUCUACCGUGACAGUGAGGAGGACUCUGGGCUCUCUGCAGACAGUGAUGUUGAGGGAUAUCUUUAUUCCCAGCUGCAUUAUGCAUCAUCCCCAAAGGAUGCAACUCAGGGUUCUGUUCCAGAGCCAAAUAUCCAGCCUCAGGCGGAGAAGCCCCUGGUCGAGAAGAAAAAGUGUAUACAACCACAACCUGUACCAUCAGAGGUCAUAGUCAUUGACUCUGGGUCUGAUAUGGUGCUAACUUCAGAAGAUGAUGGAAUCUGUUCUUAUAAAGGGUCAAGGGCAUCCCUCCUCAGGAAGUCUCUAGCCACCAGAACACCCUCCUGUGCAGCUGUGCCAAGCUCUGCUCCCAAACGCCUGCCUGAUCAUCCUGUGGAAGUAGUUGUACUGGGAUCAGAUGACUCCUCAGAGGAGAGCUCUGAGGAGGAGUCUGACCAGUGCUCAGACAGAUCAGAGGGAGCUGGCAAACAAAAAGUCAUCAAGGUUCUCAAUUUAACGUCCAAUUCAGACUCUGACACUGAUUCAGAUGGGCUGGAGAAAUGGAUGAUUCUGGGUGAGGACAAAUGUAAAGAAGACCAGAGCAUUCAACUUAACCUGGAGGGAUCACUUGUCACAGAUGACCUGGAUAGCACUACUUGGAAGAUUUCAGACAGAGACCAACAGGCUCAGAUCGCAAACAAAACCCCAGGAGACCGACGGUCAGCUGCCAGGCCAGCGAGACGCUACUACACAGAGAAAUCUGUGAUCUGCAACAACUGCAACAUUGCUGGGCACUUGUCCAAGAACUGCCCCAAACCACAGAAGCUGAGUUCCUGUUUGCACUGUGGUCACCGCGGGCACUUCUAUAGAGAUUGUCCGGCCAUAUACUGCAGGAACUGUGGACUGCCAGGACACACUCACGACAGCUGCUUGGAGCAGUCCUACUGGUACAAGCAGUGCCAUCGUUGCAACAUGAAGGGCCACUUCCGAGAUGCCUGCCCAGAGAUAUGGAGGCAGUUCCAUGUCACAACUCUUACUGGUCGCCCAUGUAAACCAGCAAACCCACAGGCACACCGGAUUCCUCCCUACUGCUACAACUGCUCCCAGAAAGGCCACUUUGGUUUUGUGUGUUCGCACAAACGGAUGUUCAGCGGGACCUUUCCCAGUCUCCCAUUCAUAAAUUACUAUGACCAGCCAAAAGACUUUAAACGUCGUGACCAUCACCUACAGAAUAAAGCCAAAGGGUUGGCGGAGGCUGGACAGCUUGAGUUCUUUCCUGUCCAUCAAACAGAAGCAGCAGUCUUUUCACCUCCCCAUAAGAGACAGAAGACCCAUAACCAAGGCUUUCAACACAACAACUCACAACACAGUCAUAAAAGUAAACAGGAGAACUUGCUGCAGGGUAGCUCUAAACCUAAAGAUGUUCUCUUCAAAAGAACCAUACACGGGAAAGCUCAGCAGAAGAACCCUGUGAACCUGCCUCACCACCACCAGUUCUGGAAGAAGAACCUCCCCACACCGGGCAGAGACACUAACCAAACUCCCCACAGUCAGAAGAAGAAGAAGAAGAAGAAGAAGAAGGCGGCCCACGGUCUCCUGGAGGAUGGCGAAGACUUCCCUCGCGGCCCCAAGCCCUGGACUCCACACGGCUCCAGCAUGCUCUUCUGCUCCUCCGCUGAGGCCAGUGGCAAUAAGAGAAGGAAGCAGAGGAGAGCCAGGGACAGCACCGCAGCCAUGGCACAGGCAGCUGGACCUGCAGACGAGAACCUGUUUUCAAUCAAACAGAGGACCAAACGCAGAAGAAGAUGAGCGUGUGUGUGUGUGUGUGCGCGUACAUGUGGGUAUGUUUAUGCGUGCACCGUGUGUGUGGGGGGGGGGGGUU